CAUUUCUUCUAGGGCCUCUUGCUUGUCAGGGUCAAGAAGAGGGUUUGCCAUUUCUCUCCAAUUAAUUCUGAUAUGGUUGAAACUCUCCAAAACUCAACUAAUUUCUAAGAGGGCCUGGCCUUAGAAGACCGUUGAUUGAACUUUUUCAUGCCAAGUCUUCUGUCUCCCUUUCCCCUAGCUAAAAGAGCAAUAUCCACAGCAUCAUUACCAAGUCAGUUAACCGCCUUAAUUUGUCUCUUAAAAUCUCUUCCGCAAUUCCAUUAAACCCGAAUUCAUUUUUCCUUAAUCUUCUUUUGGGGUGAAAGAAGAGGUGAACUGAUAUUGCAUAAUGGAUGGUUUGAGUUCAAGUUCAAGCAAUUAUGGCACGGUCGAAGAGAAAGAACAUAAUGAGAACAAAACUUCAGUAGUAAGGCGUUAUGUGAGAUCCAAGUUGCCACGACUCCGAUGGACACCCGAUCUUCAUCGUCGAUUCAUUCAUGCGGUGCAAACACUAGGUGGUCAAGACAGAGCAACACCGAAAUUAGUUCUACAAUUGAUGAAUGUUAAAGAGCUUAAAAUUGCUCAUGUCAAGAGUCAUUUGCAGAUGUACAGGAGCAAGGCAAUUAAUUAUCAUAGUCAAGUGACCGUUGAUGAUUGUAUGCAUAUUUUGGAAGGUGGAGACCACUAUCUUUACAACUUGAAGCAGCUUGCCAUGCUAUCGGCCUUGAACUCGAACCAGAAGUCCACCUUAAGGGAUUCUUCUUGCAGUGAAGAUUUGAUGCCAGUGCCACCACAGUCUGCAACGAGACAGAGAACAAUCAACAAGUCAAGUCCAAGAUUCUAUGGUACAUUUCCGGGGAUCAGGACUACCUCUGUCUCGAAGAUUAGGAGUAGCCACAACACUAAUAACCUUAAAUGGUCUUCUGGGCUGCUGAUGAUUUCCACCAAUUACCAACAAUCAUCAUCAUCCUCCUCAUCAUGUCAAACCAAUAGUAACACGUUACAACGUAGUGACGUACGUCGUGAUCAUCAUCGGUUCAUCGAAUCCUCAGAACAUAUGCACCCAUCAAUUGCCGGCGUUAAGAGGAAACCAGCAGCUGAGAUUGAUGAUUGCAACAUCCAGCUGAGACUAUCACUUGGUACAGAAUUUUGUGUUGGUGAUGAAGGCGAUUUAUCGCUGUCGUUGUGCUCAUCCUCUUUCUUAUCCAACCAGCGAAAGAAAUUGGCAAGCGCUACCAGUAUUAUCACUAGUAGUGGUAGUAGUAAGAAUGGAAUUAGUGAGGUAAGUACUCUGGAUCUCACUCUGUGAAUGAAUUAAUUGACCAGCUCAAUUUACCUAUUCUAAGUGAGAUCUUGAUUUGGUACUUGCUUCUUGUACGUAGGAUUAAUAUACAGAAUCAUAUUUGUCUAAUGAACCUAGCUAGCUAGCUAUUUGGUCCUUAUAUGGACAUGAUCUUAACAUACUGAUUAUUUACAUUGCAAAAACAAAUUUUACAUAUCGUGCAUUUGUGAAUUUUUUUUCCCAAUUCUUCAAGAUAAUAGCAGUAAACUACAAAAGGAGAUAAAUACUUAUUUUAUAGUCAAAUAUAAAUAGCUAUAGGAAUUCUCAUAUGCCUACCAGUUACUCCCUCCAUUCCAAAAUAAGUGUCGUUUUAGCAAAAUGGAGAAAUUCCAAAAUAAGUGUCGUUUUCACAUUUCAAUGCACUUUUUGUCA